AUGCUCAUUCCAUUUUGUUUCAUAGCCAUCGCUCAAAAUUGUCUAGGAUACGAAAACCUAGCUUUGCUUAAACCAACAUGGCAAUCAAAUCCCUAUAUUCGAGGAGACAGCAGAUUUGAAUCUAGUAAUGCUGUUGAUGGACUUAAAUCUGACUUAAGUUCUCUCGGUGGUCAGUGUGUCAUAUCUGGUAACGGUCAAGGAAGUGCCACGUGGUGGGUAAAUCUGACCUCAGUUUUCAGUAUUCAUGAUAUAAGGAUAUACUACAGAACAGACAACAUCGCCUGGGAUGCUUCCAAUGACUAUACAUCUAGAUUUAUGGGAUUUUUUGUUUAUAUAUCGAAAACAACCAACAGACUUGAUGGACAUUUGUGUUUCCAUGACAAAAACUACAACAGGUCUACAAUUCCAGCUGUCGUCAAUAUAACCUGUCCUGUAUAUGGGCAAUAUGUCAUUUAUUUUAACGAGAGACCACAAAGUAGUUCAAAAUAUGCCAGUCAAUUUUCCCAAUAUGCAUUCAACGAAUUAUGUGAAGUGGAGGUAUUUGGAUGCCGUGAAAAGGGUUAUUAUGGACCAAACUGUUCCAUCGAAUGUUCAAGCACCUGUCUUUUUCGCUCUUGUCACAUCAAUACUGGAGCUUGUAAUGGCUGUGAACCUGGUUAUAAAGGAAAGGAAUGUGAAUAUGAAUGUGAUGGAAGGUAUUACGGUGUAAACUGCACGAGUCACUGUGGGGAUUGUCUGAACUUUGAACAAUGUCACCAUGUUAACGGGUCUUGUUUGAAUGGUUGUGAUCUUGGAUUCUACGGAGAAAAAUGUGUUCAGCCGUGCCCGAUAGGACUGUAUGGUUUGGAUUGUAAAAGGAGUUGCAGCAAAAACUGUCUGAAUUCCAACAGAUGUGACCAGAAAUCUGGUUCAUGCCAGGGUGGUUGUAAAACAGGUUGGAAGGGACUCAAAUGUGAAUCAGAAUGUGAUUCUGAAAAGUUCGGGCAGGAUUGUAGUGGACAGUGUGGACAUUGCCGAGAUGGAACUCAAUGUCAUCAUAUAAAUGGAACUUGUCAUCUUGGGUGUGACUCUGGUUAUAUUGGAGAUGCAUGUAAUCAAGUUUGCGUAAAUGGGACGUAUGGAACUGGCUGUAAGAAAACAUGCAGCGUGUCCUGUUUUACGUCAGGUAUUUGUGAUCACGUGACAGGAGCCUGCAAAGAUGGCUGCAGAAGUGGAUGGAUGGGACUGGACUGCUCAGAAGUAAAACCAUGUGAUGAAACCAAUCUUGCUUUCCGUGUUGUCAUUGGAGUCUUGUGCGUUCUUUUAGUGCUCCUAAUAAUCUACAUCAUUCACUUAAGGUUCAAUUGUAGAAAAAUACUGACGAUUGAUAAACUUACAUGCGCAGAAAGCGAAACUUGUGAGACAGAGGAUGGUGGAUAUACAAAUAACUCCAUGGAUUAUGCUUCUAGCAUGGAUUAUCUUGAAAUAAAACACUCCCAUGGAUCCACCCUUGAUAGUACUCAGAUAGAUUCAAGUGCGGCUUAAAUUAAUCUUUCGUAUUUUAUAGCUGAUUCUGAACUUGAACAUCUUUAAAUACUGCAACACUUAUCAUCAAUUUUUACCUUAGAAAAAUUACUGUACUGAAAUGUAUUAUAUCUUUUAGAAAGCAAUAUACUUAGUUUCUGGCUAUUGAGUAAGGGGUGAUUCUAAUAGUAACAAAUACGAGAUGUUCUGAAGUAUUCGUCCCAUUUUCCAAUUAUACUCCUUUAACACUAUUUCUAAAGAGUGUGUAACUGACUAAACAGUUACUGUGAGCUCGUAACAGCGAGCUCUAAAAGCAACGUUUGGGCGAAGAGAAAAAUCGAAGUACUGCACAUUCAUUUUCAGAUUUUAUUUUCCUCAGUAACUCCAGACCCAUAAUGCAUCGCUCAUAAAAUCUACGCUUUUCAGGCUUUUUUUUUUUGGUAAUGUAAUUGACAUAAUUUAGGACGUCGUGUGACGUCAGAGUC